AUGGCAGUACGUCCGACCGGUAAUCGGAAGGUCUGGGGUUCAAUUCCUCAGUCGGGCAGUGGUCUUUUUCCGUUCUGUCGUGAUAUAACAUCUCGCUGGGUGAUUACGGGGCAUGAUGAAAAUUCAAAUGAAGAUUUAUUAAAAGCAUUAGAAAAACAAAUUAAAUAUUCAAAAACAAAAUUUGAACAAAUGAUUGAUUUAUCAAUUUAUGUUAAGUUUAUAUCACAUUUGGUUGUUUCGUUGCAUAGUGGAUAA